AUGCGUUAUGAUGCAUUUCAACAAUUUUGUGGGUUCUUAGUACCUGUUCUACGUGUUUACCUUCCAUACUCUAUCGUUCGUGUUGAAGUUGUCUUGCAUUGCACGCUACGAUGGCUGGCAGGAGGGUGCUUUGAGGACAUUUCUGCCAUAGCAUCAAUGAGUGUCCCAACAUUUUUUUUUGUAUUACUUGCAUGUGAAGAAUUGGAUAUAAACUUUCCUUUAUCGGAACCAGUGAUGAAAGAUCAAUGCAAUUCAUUUGCGUCGAUUAGUGUGCAUGCUUCAUGUGAUCACCUCUCUCGUUUUACAUCUUUUUUCAUUAAAUACCCUGGCGGUACAUAUGAUAUUCGAGCUUUUCAGCUUUUGUCCUUGCAUCGUGUGUGUAAUAAGCUUCCGCUUGGCGACUAUCUAGUGGGAGACAAUGCAUAUAUACCUACAUAA